AGCGAUCACUACGGAUCACCAAUGAGAGUGAUCGCGUCGGCGAGUGACGAGGAGGACGUUGUGCUGAGGUUGAAGUACAAUCUGUUGAGUGGUUGCAUGCCCAAGAUUAUCAUACCCAACGAAAGAAGGAAGUUUGCAUUCUCGAACGAUUCUGAACUGGUCAAAGAACACUUCACAGAGGACAAAUGUGAUCAGUCACCGUUGGAAUCAGACGAGUUGGCUGAGCAUUUGGCAUUGAAAUAUGGAGUGAAUAUAAUUAGUGGUGUGAGCAGUAUAUUGUCGAUAGUGUGCCGAGAGUGGCUGUGCGACUCGGCGAAUUAUGUGAUACCGAUUUGUGUGAAGCAUGUGUUUGAUAAGAACACAGGACGUACGAGGAGAUUGUGCGUGGUGGGUAAGCGAUGCGUGGUGGACACAAUCAAUUAUCCAUCAUUAUGGAGUCGUUUCUUACGAUAUUCAGUUCGUAUCGCUCUCCAUCAAACCCAGAAAACAUCAGCAUUAAAGACUGGUGGAAGACAGAGGGCAGUGAUGAGUAAAAUUGGUAAAACUGAACGAACAUCAUCCGAUGUACAGAAAGAGGGUGAUGGUGCAGACGAAUCGGUGACGAUUCAGGAUAAUUCAUCGACAAGAGAAGGGGAAAAUGAUUCGAGUGCUGAGGCUGGGUUGAGUGGUCGGAAUGAGGCUGAUACGAAUAAUGCAGCGAGUGAAAAUAAUGGCGAAUUGCAUCAUUCCGAAUUGCAUUUCCUGCAGAAGGAACGUUACGAGUUGAGAACAUUGGUACUACGAGAGGAGAGACGAAGAACGCUAUAUUCGAAACGAAUACAAUUCCUCAAGUCGGUGCUGAAUGAACUGGAAAAUCUGCAAGCUGGAAAUUAUGUGUUGAGAAUGAACAAGGAGAAUGCUAUCGAGAUUUUGCCACAACAGCAGGAGGACACCACAUUGGAUACAAUGAAAAAGAUAGAAAUAGAUGUGAAGAAGCAAGAUGAGAUCAAAGUGUCACGUGCGGUUGGUUUUCCGUUUGAAGGUAUCGAUGAGCAUGUGGCACUGGUCUAUCACCUGAUGCAGAAGAGAAUACCGGCUGCGUUCCUUCCAGAACGACAGAAUAAAUGGAGAGGUGCUGAAGUGCCUAAAACAAGUCAAAAUCAGCAGUCAACGUCGAAUUCAAACACUCCGAAAAAUAAGAAACGUUCCCGAAAAAGAGGUGAAAGAAAGCGCAAACGUAACAACAACAACAACAACAGCAAUACUAAUAACAAUAGCAAUAGUGAUAACAAUAAGCAACAACCAGCAGCCAAACGGAAACGAAUCGAUUUGGAUGCACCUCAAUGA